GUAUACCAGAGAAACUUAUCCGACUAACGAGAAUGACAAUCUCUAACUUAGAAGCCACUGUCAGAAUACAGGAAGAGAAUUCUAGAAUUCUCCUGUUUAAUAUUGCCUUAGAAGAGGCAGUCCGCGAUACACGAAUUAGGGAUGGCAGUACUAUUUACAAUAGAUUGAUACAAGUGUUAGCAUAUGCUGAUGACAUUCACAUAAGAGGGCGUAGCAAGCGAGAUAAUGAGCAAUAUCUCCUGGAAUUGGAAACAGCGGCGAAACAGACAAAACCAAGUACAUGUUGGUUACAAAGAGUCACAUAGCAAAUGAGGAACGAGACACAGUCUUUGGAAGUCAUACCUUUGAACGUGGACAACUUCACAUACCUUGGGUCGCUAUUAACUGCUACCAAUAAAACAAGUGAAGAAAUCAAAAGACGAAUAAAUCUUACAAAUAGGGCAUACUAUGGACUCCAAAAGAAUUUCGACUCAAGAAACAUUCAAAGAAGAACUAAAAUUAUUAUAUACAAAACAUUGCUGAGCCAGUCAUCACAUAUGGAGCAGAAAAAUG